CGCAUGCGUGGAGGGCUUUAAAGCAUUAAUGAAUUCUCUUGUUAGAUCGAGUUGCUUAGAUCGGAAACGGAUUCGCCGUGUGGGCUCGCCGUAGUUUCAUCUAGAAAAAAAAAUCGGGGUUUUGUUUGUUCUUGUAAAGGGAAAAGUAAAAAUUUUGGAAAACAUUUUCUCGCUCCAGACUCUCGGUGAGCCCAGCGCGCCUCCGGAGCAGCGCGGACGCGCACUCGCGUAGCCCCCCCACGGUUUUGCGUGUCUCUCGCCCCGCUGGGCUUGCAGCUCCCGCUGAUCCGUCACGUCCCGAUCCGGCGAUAAACUUCUGUUUUUGGCAACAAGUUCGGAUGUGGCAAGCAAACUGCAGACGGAUGCAUAAUUUAGCAGACUGGAUUUCAGUGACAGUGAUGGGAGGCUGUGUGGGGAGGAGCAGGAUGGAUGGACAAGGGAGUGCCCAUGGCUCCACAAGGAGCAAAAAACGUGGAGCACGCAAUGAGCCUCUCAAGAAAGAGCGUCCUAAAUGGAAGAGUGAGUACCCGAUGACGGAGGGCCAGCUGAGGAGCAAGAGAGAUGAGUUUUGGGAUACCGCUCCAGCCUUCGACGGGCGGAAAGAGAUCUGGGACGCACUCAGAGCGGCAGCCCUGGCUCUGGAGUGCAAUGACCUGGAGCUGGCUCAGGCUAUAGUGGAUGGAGCCUGCAUCACUCUGCCACACGGAUCUCUCACGGAGAGCUAUGAUGAGCUGGGAAACCGCUACCAGCUCCCAGCGUACACUUUAGCACCGCCUCUCAACCUCAUCACUGAAACGUCCGGCGAGAGCAAGCUGUCUGAAAGCGCGCAAAAACAAGUUCAAGCUCCAGUGUGCAGAGAGGAGUUCCAGCUGCGGGUGCGAUUAUCGACAGGGAAGGACGUGCGUCUGACGGCCAGCCUGACGGACUCCAUCGCCGUGCUGAAGAGGCAGCUGGAGAAACAGGAGGACAUCGAGGUGGUCCGCCAGCGGUGGUUCUUCUCCGGGAAGCUUCUGACGGACAAGACUCGUCUCCAAGAUGCCAAGAUCCAGAAGGACUAUGUGGUCCAAGUGAUCGUCAACGUAAAUCCUUCCGUCAUACCCAACUGAGGGGUGAGGAAAGGAUGAAGGACGUGCCAGAGAAGGCUGCAGGAAUAGGAGCAGGUUUCUGGCAGGGGAAUUUUAUGUACAUUUUAUAUAAUAAUUUAAUGCUUUUAUAUUGCUCCUUUUUAUAUUUUUCCUUUUUUUCCAAAUAAAGAGAUAUUAUUGAAAAGCACUGAAACACUUUAGGUGAUGAUAGAGCCCUGAGAUGCACAUCCCAGUGUCUGCCCGUCUGUAUCUGAAGACCUCGACUUGCAGCUCUAUUGUUUACAUGGAUUCUUCUCCUCGUCUUGUUUGUUUGUACUUAUGCUUGUUGAUGGAUUAAACGCAGCUCUCACAUGUGGAAAACAUAAGGAAAAUCUACUCUGCUUCUUUCUUCUUCGACAACCAGAUGGGAAAUUAUAACCGUAAACAUCAGAUCGAGUGUUGUUUGGUCAUCUAACCGUGUGAAAAGCACAUUUUCACCAGACACUAUAAAGACACUGAAUAAAACAAAGGAACUGUUUUUAUGAGGCUAGAAAGAGAUGAUGAGAUUUGUUUGUUUUUGUUUUUUUUAGUUCAUCGUUUCAAACAACUGUACAAACAUGCAAUAGUUUUUCUGAUGAAAAUUAUGCUCACUAUGCUGUCAUUUGUUAUUAAAUGUUAUGUACUUGAA